UUUGCAAACAAACCCCAAAAUCAAAUUUAGUUUUAAAACAGUGUUAAAUUAGAGCUAUGUAUCCAUGGAAUUGCUGCAGGACAUGUUUAAGCACUCAAAGUCUACAUCCCAUAUUCAUAAAUACUGGCCAAAGUGAUAAAUAUACUAAAGUUAUCCUUACAACAACCGGUGUGAAGGUGGAAAUCAACGAUACAAUGCCGCAGGAAAUAUGCAUUAGCUGCAUCAGUUUUAUCAAUGAAUCUAUACGAUUCAGACGGAGAUGUGAAGAAGUACAGAACACGUUGCUCGACAAUAAAUGCAAUGGUAUAAAACUAGAAGGCACUCAACUUAAAUUAGAAGAACAGCACCCCUCGAUCGAUAUAACAGAUGAUGAUGAUUUCAAGGACUUUGAUGAUAACAUCACAUUAGAUACAUUGCAGUAUCAUGAAGUACCUGUCGAGAAUCAUAACAAUGCUGAUAGUAAAAUCUUCAUUGACUCCGCUGAGAAUCAUUGUGAUAGUAGCAAUAAAGGCAUCGUUAAUUCUGACGAUGACCAGGUUAACGUUAGUAGCAACAAAAAUAUCCUAAACGUUAUUGAAGAUAAUCUCAACGGUAAAUUUGAGAAUAAAGUAGGCCUAGUGGACAAAUCAAUGUUGUUUAAUAAAAAAAGAAAGACGAGAGUCAAAACUGUGAGAGACAAAGAGAAAAACGAUAAAACAGUUGAUGUUAAAGUGAAAGAGGUAAUAGAGUGUGAAUUCUGCCAUAAGAUUUUGACCUCAAAAUUGUCAUUAAGAAAUCACUAUAAAAUACACACUGGUUUCGAUAUAGUUUGCGAGCAUUGUGGCAAGAAGUUUAUUACCCGUCGACUCCUGCUGAUGCACUGCAGAGCCAAGCAUGGGUACGAAAAGACUGACAAGUGUUCCUUCUGCGACUACCGUGCUUCAAAUGCUGAGCAAGUUAAGAUACACGAACGCCUCCACACGGGUGAAAAGCCGUUUAUAUGCAAGACAUGCAGCGCCGGUUUCCAUCGCAAGAGCAGCUACUUGCAACACGUUGCAAUACACCUCCCCGAGAAAACUGUGCAGUGUGACCAAUGUCCAGCGAGAUUCAAGUCUGUGACUCUGAUGCGAAUACACAAGAAUCGCCAUCGACCAUCGCAAUAUACGUUCAAGUGUGGUGUCUGUAAUAACAGCUUCGCGAGGAGACGCAACGUCGCACGGCACCUGCAGAGGGUGCACGGGUUACCGCCCGACCAUCACAUACACAGGAGCAAAAUACAUUGAAGCAGCAGCAUUGAUCGAUGUGGCUAACGAAUUAAUACAUUAAAGCAUCAGCAUUGAUCGAUGUGGCUAACGAAUUAAUACAUUGAAGCAGCAGCAUUGAUCGAUGUGGCAAACGAAUUAAUACAUUAAAGCAGCCGCAUUGAUCGAUGUGGCUAACGAACUAAUACAUUGAAGCAGCAGCAUUGAUCGAUGUGGCAAACGAAUUAAUACAUUAAAGCAGCCGCAUUGAUCGAUGUGGCUAACGAACUAAUACAUUGAAGCAGCAGCAUUGAUCCAUGUGGCUAGCGAAUUAAUACAACGAAGCAGCAGGAUUAUUCAAUCUGUGUAACAAAUUAAUACAUUGAAGCAAUGACGAUUAUUAAAAUGGCUAACUAAUUAAUACAAUGUAUUGAAUGACAGUUUAUAAUAGCUUAGGUGUUGAUACAUUGCAGCAAUGCCUGUUUAUAAUAGCUAUAGAUUUAACACAUUGAAACAAUGGCUAAAGUAUAUAUACAUCAAACCAAUGAUCCAACAUUAAUUAAUGCAAUGAAGCAACAAACAAACACAACAUCCUGUUUUUAAAAGUAAAUGUGUGUCUGUAACGUCAGCUUCGCGAGAUGCCACAACGUCGCACGGCACCUGCAGAGGGUGCACAGGUUAUUGCCCGACCGCCCCAUACGCAGGAGCAAAAUAUAUUGACAUAGAUACACCGAUCAAUAUGACUAACGAAUUAAUAUAUUGAAACAAAGACAAUUAUUAAAAUGUCUAAUGAAUUAAUACAUUGAAGCAAUGGCAGAUUAUAAUAGCUUAAGUGUUGAUACAUUGCAGCAAUUACAGUUGUUACAAUGGUUAAAGGUUUAUAUACAUCAAACCAAUGAUCCAACACUAAUUAAUGCAAUGCUGCAAACAAUCACAACAUCCUGUUUAUAAAAGUAAAAGUGUGUGUCUGUGACAUCAGCUUCCCUAGACGCAAUUUUCGCAAGACAUCUGCAGAAGUCGCCUUAUCAGUGAUAAAUAUGACAAGGCAGUACCCAAAAUGCCUACAGAAUUAAUUUAUUUAAGCUAUGAUACUGUUGAAAAUACUUGUAAACUAAUACAUUGAAGCAAAUUCUAUGGAUACA